AUUUCAGUCGCUAUAAACAAACCUGCAGGAAGCCAAACUGUGAAGAACACCGUGUUUCUGUGGUUUUAUUUAAUUCAGGAAUCAACUUGUCGCUUUACAGCGAUCAUAAUUAGUGUAAAAGGUCGGAAAGACUUUUCACCUUUAUCAUGGCGGAUUCAGAUGUAGGUACCGCGCAAAAAGCGGACAGCUCUGCAGACCCGUAUGAGAGAGCAGUGAAGUAUCUGGAGAGCCAUAACAUUCUGCAGAUAUUUCAGGAAAUCACAGAGAGCCUGGUUUACGACAGACCUGAUGACCCCCUGCAGUUUAUGUUAGAGCAGUUGCAGAAGAAGAUCCGAGCGCGUGACGAGGCGAACGAAGCUGCAAAAGCUGAAUAGUUUUCUCCGAAAUGGGGUUGUGCAGCGUACAAUGAAGAGUGUGUUAGCCACGUAUUUGCAUACUGGAAUUAUAUUCACUGGGAUGCAGACAUAAUUGCAGCUCCUUUUGUAAAAAAAAAAAAAAAAAACCCGCAAAAAAACAAAACCCACACACACACACACACAAAAAAAAAAAAACCCAAACCUGAUGUAUUCCCUAUUUUGCUUUGACAAUCCUGUUUAGUUUCUUUUAUGAGAUAUUAUUUGUAUUCGGACCAGACCGACCCGUCCGCAGCGUCUUUUGGAAACUCGGCGAGCAGGCCGGAGAGAACUUCCCGAGAGGGAAAAUAUUCUUUAAACACCCGAGCAGGAUCGGUGAAGUUCUGCAGGUGACGAGGAAAAAUCAAUGCGUCCGAAGAACAUGAUGAAAGUAGAUUUGUACUAAGAAACUGGCUUUAGGUUUGCAGUGAAAACAAACACUGGCUCACACACUGUAUUGAGAUUUGCAUGAGGGUAUUUUGGCUGUAGGAGUAAAGGAAGUCUUUGUUUGUAGUAGGUUUACCUUUCAGUGUAUCGCUCUGGUCAUCAUCCUGCGCUUUGAAGCUGCAUCUGCUGUUUCAGCUGCGCCACAUAAAGCCCUGUUAAGUACAUCCUUUCUAUGUGAUUUAAGGGGAGCCAGGAGCGCAGGGCUGAAAAACAAGAGACGUGUCUCCGUCCUGGUGGAUUAAGCACGAAUGAGAAUUGGAUUUCGGUACGUAAGGUUAGAACGGACCGUUUUCUCUCUCUCUCUCUCUUUCUUUUUUUUUUUUUUUUGUACUCAUAAUAAGCGCUUCUGACAACGUGCUAUUACUCAGGAACAUCAUGAAUCUUAAUAAGGCCUGCCAGGCACCGUUCAUCAAUCAGGUUAUAGGACUCCAACGAAGUUUAUAACGAUCGUAUCAAAGCUGUCGCGGAUGAACGGAAUCCUGAAAUGAGUUCGCAUUAGUGUUUUACAUUGCAUCGAUUUGUCAGUUUCUACGUAGGCAUGCGCCGAUAAUCAGGAGUAUAGUGAGUAAGGAAUAAAACAUCGUCGUUAUCGCCAACGUCGUGCUGUUAUAGGAAAACAAUCAGCGAUGAGGUUACUGUUAGCACCCCGACACUGACUGUUGCCCUACACCAGCACGUCCUGAAGUGCUUUAUUCCUCUUACACCACAAUACUAACUGUUAUACUGAGCAAACGAUUACACAAUGUUUUACUGAUGGAAGAACGACACGUCAUAAUUUUUAUCCAUUUGUAGUCACACGUAAUGUCGUGAAACAAGCCAGUUCCUAGCAGUUUAUCAGCUAGCAGCUGUAAACGGUCGUUCUUUCACCAGCCUCUCUCUCUCACUCCCUCAAUCUCUCUUUUUCUCUCUCUCUCUCCAAGUUACCAAGAAAGCGCAAAGAAGUGUAAACUCCUCAGUCCUGAAGAUAUCACAAAAAACAUACAGCGUUACCUUUGAGCGCUGACACUGGAGACUCCUUCCGUGAAUGUUAAACGAACCGUCACCGUAUCAGCAAUCACACACUUUAAAAAAUAAAUAAAUAAAAAUCCCAUUUACAGGAAGCGUCCCUGUGAACGAGGGGAACGAUAACGUAUCGGACGAGCGCGUCAAUAUUAAUAUAAAGCAGCGGCUUGCGGCUGCGCUACUGUCAGAGCCGCUGUUACAGAAACUUCAUCAACACAAAUCAAUCCCAGCUGAAUUCAGCAGUGCUGUGGGAACAAAUUGAGUUAUUUAUCAUGAACAAUAUUGUUAUAAUAAUAAUAAAAUUUUAAAAAGAAGCCAUCCCUGCGAAUUGCAGUCUAAAGUUUGUAAUUUUGGGCAAAUCUUCAAAAGCUCGACUCCUCGGACUUUGACGACAGGUGAAUAAGCGUGUGGUAAAUUUCAUAUACAGUACAGUAAUAAUAUCAUAACGCACGAUGGACGUUAUCUCUUAACACAUUUCUUUAAACACUGCGCGUAGAUGUCCUCUACGACAAUACUGCUUUUAAAUUCCACUACUUAAAAUCAAACAGCGCGGAACACAUGCACAUUUCAUACAGUAAAUAUUAAGUAUAUUUAUUUGUGUUGUUUACAGUGGAUACGUAUAAUAAAUCCAGUUUAAGAAAUAAAACUUUUUUUUUUUUUUUUAAAUUACACAGUUAGUGUUCUUUGGUUACAGUUAUGGACAACAUAAACAUUUCUUUCUUUUUGUCUCCUUACAGGAACAUAUAGAAUGUACAUUUGUGCUUCAUGUCUUUCUGUGAAACAUCCCAUAUGUUUAAUACUGUAUUAUCAACACGCCCUCGUCGACUUACAGCACAAGAGAGCAGAUCUCUAAACACGGCCUCGGCGUUUUCCUCACCAAUUUGUACGCUCUGUGCCAAUUAGCUGAUUCCGUAAGAUUCGAUAUUCCCAUGCUGACACCAAUCUCGACAAACUUUUGGGAGGUCGGAAGGUCGGGGGUUCAAGCCACAGCACUUCCAAGCUGCCGCUGUUGGG